CGUUGAACCAAACACUGCAAAGCAACAAACCUGCUCAGCGAGCCUGACAGUGACCAUCAUCACAGUGUAAUAAUCAUGUCCAAGGCAUCACAACCAGAGCUUAAGAAGUUUAUGGACAAGAAGUUGUUUGUCCAUCUGCAGGGUGGCCGCAAAGUUAGCGGCGUUCUGCGUGGAUAUGACCUUUUUCUGAACCUCGUCAUCGACGAUGCUCUAGAAGAGACAACUCCAGCUCAGAAGCAUCCCAUUGGCACGGUGGUCAUUCGUGGUAACAGCGUAACAUCGAUGGAAAUCCUCGAAGCUGUCCGUCAAUAGUGUUGGCACCUUUUAGUUGUUGCACUUAUAGAUUGCGGAACGCGAGCUUUACAAUGUAAUCCUUCAUGAUUUGGCACGACUUCAUCUCAUGUCGCGAUCGCUGGGUCCGAUGCAGUGUAACAGAAAAGUACACUCACAUUGCUGUUGUAAUCGUAUCGAUUUUUUUCCCAAUCAAUUCUGCCAGCUUUGCAAUCAUGCGAGUCUUGACGAAGAAUUCUGUCAUUCGAUGACAUCAAAUACUCAUUGAAGUCUUUUCUCAUUAAUCAGUGUCAGUCAACAC